AUGGUGCCUCCAGCACAAGUGACGCCGCUACCGCCGCCUCCGCCGCCGCCUUCUUCCCGCCUCGGUGACCCAUUAAUCCGUAGGAACACCGUUUCGGCAACAUCAACCAGGGCCUCCUGCGGUGGUAAGAAAGGAACGGUAAAAGGGCCUAUGAAGGCACUCGGAACCGGCAGAAGGAGACCUCAGCGGAAGGACCGCCAUAGCAAGAUCUUCACAGCGCGGGGGCCGAGGGACCGUCGGAUGAGGCUCUCCCUCGACGUGGCGCGAAAGUUCUUUGAUCUGCAGGACAUGCUUGGCUUCGACAAGGCCAGCAAGACGGUCGACUGGCUCCUCACCAACGCCACCAGCUCGAUCAAGGAACUCGUCAGCUGCUCCCCGCCGCCCCACGCUGCCGGCAAGAGCGAGUCAUCCACCUCGGAGUGCGAGGUCAUCUCCACCAGCACACCUCUCUUGCCUGUCGCCGCUGUGGAGAACAUCACCCUCCAACCGGCUAAAGUUGUGCCCCUCCGGCGAUCCAGGAAAGGCGCGACCCAUCCGAUGCUCUCGAGAGAGUCGAGGGUUUUGGCGAGGGCCAGAGCGAGGGAGAGAACCAGAGAGAAGUUGGGGAGGAAAGGAGCCGAAGUCGUCGGGCAGAGGAAGCUUUUGGCCGAGGAAGAGAUUGGUGGUGGUCAAAGCGGGAAGUCCUCCUUGGAGUUGAUGGCGGAAGAAGGAGAUGGUCAGCCGAGCUCUCGCUCAACGGAGCAGCACCACAAGGACUCUGGUGGAUCCCCCCCUUUGGUAAUUCCUAGUGCAUCUGGCCCCGUGUCGGUGUUCGACUACAACCAGACUAUAAUCAGCGAAGCCAUUGGGCUUGUUCAAGAACACUGGAGCAUGCAAUCAUCAGGUAACGUGGAGGAGCAGCGUGUUCUUCUCUCUGACGCCCAGUUGAUGCCUUGGUUUUGGGAUCCCUACAGCAAUCCCUCCAUUUGA